AUGCCAGAAGGCUGUGCUGCCGUCCAGUGGGACCUGGACAGACUGGACAGCUGGACAGAGAAACCUAAUGAAAUUCAGACAAAGGCUGAGUUAGAUCAAGAAGCUCUGAUCAGUGGAAAUUUGGCAACUGAAGCUAACCUGAUCAUUCUUGAUAUGCAAGAGAACAUCAUCCAGGCAAGCUUUGCGGCAGAGUGCAGAGACAAUCUUUUGGGAGGAGUUUUGAAGGUCCUGGUAAAUUCUCUUGGCUGUGAUCAGAGCACUACUUACCUGACUCACUGCUUUGCUACACUCAGAGCACUCAUUGCUAAGUUCGGAGAUUUCCUGUUUGAAGAGGAGGUUGAACAGUGUGCUGACCUGUGUCAAAGAAUUCUCCAUCACUGCAGCAGCAGCAUAGAUAUUACACGGACUCAAGCCUGUGCCACUCUUUACCUCCUCAUGAGAUACAGCUUCAGCUCUACCAGUAAUUUUGCAAGAGUGAAGAUGCAGGUGACCAUGUCACUAGCCUCUCUGGUUGGCAAGUCACCCGAGUUUAAUGAGGAAUUCCUCCGACGGUCCUUACGAACUAUCCUAGCCUAUGCAGAAGAAGAUGCGGAUAUGCAGGCAACUCCAUUUCCCAUUCAGGUAGAGGAGCUGCUGUGUAAUCUGAACAGCAUCCUGUCAGAUACAGUGAAAAUGAGGGAAUUUCAGGAAGAUCCAGAGAUGCUCAUGGAUCUCAUGUACAGAAUUGCCAAAGGCUACCAAACAUCGCCUGACUUGAGGCUGACGUGGCUGCAGAAUAUGGCAGAGAAGCACACCAAGAGGAAGUGCUACACAGAAGCAGCCAUGUGUCUGGUCCAUGCUGCAGCACUGGUGGCAGAGUACCUGAGCAUGCUUGAAGAUCGCAGCUAUCUCCCAGUGGGCAGCGUCAGCUUUCAGAACAUUUCAUCCAAUGUGCUGGAGGAAUCUGCUGUUUCAGAUGAUGUUUUGUCUCCAGAUGAAGACGGUAUAUGUUCUGGGAGGUAUUUCUCAGAAAGCGGCCUGGUAGGGCUGCUGGAACAAGCAGCAGAGCUCUUCAGCACGGGAGGGUUGUAUGAAACUGUGAAUGAGGUGUACAAAAUUGUCAUCCCAAUACUGGAAGCCCAUCGGGACUUCAGGAAGCUUACCUUGACACACAGCAAACUACAGAAGGCCUUUGACAGCAUUAUUAAUAAGGGUCAAAAGCGAAUGUUUGGAACUUACUUCCGUGUUGGUUUCUAUGGAUCCAGAUUUGGGGACUUAGAUGAACAGGAAUUUGUUUAUAAGGAACCUGCAAUUACCAAACUUCCUGAGAUUUCUCACAGAUUAGAGGGAUUUUAUGGCCAGUGUUUUGGAGAGGAUGCUGUGGAAGUGAUUAAGGACUCUGCUCCUGUAGACAAAAGAAAGCUGGAUCCCAAUAAGGCAUAUAUACAAAUUACUUUUGUGGAGCCAUAUUUUGAUGAGUAUGAGAUGAAAGACAGGGUCACCUAUUUUGAGAAGAACUUCAACCUCUGUCGGUUCAUGUACACUACGCCUUUUACCAUGGAUGGGCGACCCAGAGGAGAGCUUAGCGAGCAAUACAAGAGGAACACCAUCCUAACCACAAUGCAUGCUUUUCCAAUCAAUGUCAUCCAAAAAGAAGAGUUUAUUUUAACCCCAAUUGAAGUUGCUAUUGAAGAUAUGCGGAAAAAAACACAGGAACUAACUGCAGCCACCAACCAAGAACCACCAGAUGCCAAAAUGCUCCAGAUGGUUUUGCAGGGCUCAGUUGGAGCCACUGUAAAUCAGGGACCGCUAGAGGUAGCACAAGUGUUCUUGGCUGAAAUUCCAGCGGACCCCAAACUUUAUCGCCAUCACAACAAGCUGAGGCUGUGCUUCAAAGAGUUUAUAAUGAGGUGUGGUGAAGCAGUGGAGAAAAACAAGCGCCUUAUUACUGCUGACCAGCGGGAAUAUCAGCUGGAGCUCAGAAAGAACUAUGGGAAGCUGAAGGAGAACCUUAGGCCCAUGAUUGAGAGGAAGAUCCCAGAGCUGUACAAACCUGUAGUGAAAGUCCAUAGCACAAGGGAAUCUUUUCGUAACCACAGUUUUAGGAAAUAUGAUGCACAGACUUCUUCACAAAGCACCUCAGGACUAGCUGCUUUGACCAAGGAAGAGCCUCAUGCUGCAAGCCAGAAGUGAUGGGGUAUUCAACAUCUAUGAAAUCAGAAAUCUCUCACAAGACAACACGUGCACUUUCUGGACAGCAUGAAGAAAAGUAUUUACACAAGAUC